AUGGGGGUCCCGCUAAACGAGCAGCGACCUGGUUGUCAACCCAGGUUUGGUGGUUCUGGGUACGUUCCUGAAACAGCUGGAGUUGCUUUCCAACUCCCCUCCUCAUCCUCCUCAUCCUCGGCCUGGCAGGGCUUUGGGAGGAAGGUGAGACUCCUGCUGCCGUAUGUUUGGCCCAGAGGCACUGCGGCGCUGCAGGGACUCGUGCUGCUGUGUGUGGGAUUGUUGGCAGCAGAGCGGCUGGUUAAUGUGUUGGUGCCCGUUUACUCCAAGAACAUCGUGAACGAGCUUUCUGCAGGAGGCCGCUGGACAUCACUCAUUUCUACUGUCUGCAUCUACACAUUGCUCAAGUUCUUACAAGGUGGAGGAGCAGGUACCUCCGGUUUCAUCAGCAACCUCCGUCAGUUUCUGUGGAUCAAAGUUCAGCAGUUCACCAGCCGAGGCGUUCAGGUGCGUUUGUUUUCGCAUCUGCAUGGGUUGUCUCUGCGAUGGCACCUGGAGAGACGCACCGGCGACGUUCUGAGGAGCAUCGAUCGCGGCACUUCGUCCAUCAACAACCUGCUGAGCUACAUCCUGUUCAGUAUUCUCCCCACCAUCUGUGACAUCGUCAUUGCUGUCAUCUACUUUGUCUCCUACUUCAGCAUCUGGUUUGGACUCAUUGUUUCCGCCUGCAUGGUCCUCUAUCUGAUGUGCACCAUCCUGAUCACUGAGUGGAGAACAAAGUACAGGAGGGAGAUGAACAACCAGGACAACAACGCCAAGUCCAGAGCUGUAGACUCACUUCUCAACUUUGAGACGGUAAAAUACUACAAUGCUGAAGAUUAUGAAGUCAGCUGCUUUGAGGAGGCUAUUCUGAAAUAUCAGCACUCUGAGUGGAAGAGCUCAGCAUCUCUCGCUCUGCUGAAUCAAGCCCAGAACAUCAUUAUUGGAUCAGGACUUCUGGCUGGAUCACUGCUCUGUGCCUACCUGGUCUCUCAGGGACAAUUCCAGGUUGGAGAUUAUGUUCUAUUUGGAACCUACAUCAUCCAGCUGUACACUCCUCUGAACUGGUUUGGUACCUACUACAGACUGAUUCAGAGUUCAUUCGUGGACAUGGAGAACAUGUUGUCCCUGCUGGCGGAGCAUAAAGAGGUUGAAGAUGCUGAAGAUGCUCAGGACUUGCAGCUCACAGCAGGUCAGGUGGAGUUUGACAGAGUCUGUUUCAGCUACGUUCCCGGCACUGAGGUUCUGAGAGAUGUGACAUUCAGAGUGGAGGCAGGACAGACUGUCGCUUUGGUUGGUCCAUCUGGAUCCGGAAAAAGCUCCAUCCUACGUCUGUUGUUCAGAUUCUACGACCCUCAGGGUGGCUGCAUCCGUAUCGACAGGCAGGACAUAUCCAAGGUGCGUCAGUCUUCUCUAAGGUCGUACAUCGGCGUGGUUCCUCAGGAUACGGUCCUUUUCAACGACACCAUCAGUAACAACAUCCGCUACAGCCGAGUUACUGCCAGUGACCAGGAGGUGCAGACAGCCGCCAUGGCCGCCGACAUCCACAGUCGAAUCCUGGAGCUGCCUCAGGGUUAUGACACGGAGGUAGGGGAGCGGGGUCUGAAACUCAGCGGUGGGGAGAAGCAAAGAGUCGCCAUCGCUCGAACGAUCCUGAAGGAUCCUCAGAUUAUCCUGCUGGAUGAGGCCACGUCUUCACUGGACACCCAGACUGAGAGGAACAUCCAGGCCUCGCUGGCCAAGGUCUGCACCAACAGGACGACUUUAGUUGUUGCACACAGGUUGUCCACCAUCGUGGGAGCAGACCAGAUCCUGGUGCUUCACAGAGGACAGAUUGCAGAGAGAGGAAGACAUGAAGAGCUGAUGAUGCAGGGAGGACUGUAUGCAGCUAUGUGGAGGAAACAGCAGAAAACUCCUGACAAGCAAAUGAAGACACAGACCAACAACUUCAUUUAAGACACUUGAUGCUAAAUUUAAUAUAAAAAUGUGUGAUGCAGGAAGUCCUUCAGCAAUAAUAGCACAUUGUUUGCCUCCUUCGUAACUUACAAGCAGCAUUUUCCAUUCAAACUGCUACUGCAACAUCUUCACUGUAAACUGAACUGGUAAAAAAUGAACUGCACUUAUAUACUGAAUUGAACUGAAUUGAAUUGAAUGGAAUUGAAUUGCAUUGAAUUGAAU